AUGACGGAAAUCCCAUUCGAGGCUCUCCCGCUAGACAAAGCAGGCCCGGCAGGAAACGCCUGGGGCAGAUUUGGCAAAGAUGAUCAACUGGGAACAUUGAAUCUUCUCACGCCCGAGCGCGUCGUCGAAGCAGCUAAGGAGAUCCAGACCGGAGUGCGCAUUUCGCUCGACUGGCCGCUCAGCAUGCCAUCGCAUCCGAGCUUCAACCGCGACCCAUUCAAACAGGAUCUCGUGCUCAGAAGUCCGAAUUGUAUCUUCGAUGAUGUCUUGACCUUCAACAGCCAAGGAUCGACGCAAUGGGAUGGUUUCAGACAUUAUGCAAUGUGUGAACAUGGUGGAAUAACAGGCCGAGGUGUUCUCCUAGACUACGCAGACUGGGCAGCAACGAACUCCAUCUCCGUCUCCGCCCUUGAAUCAGAGACCAUUACCCUCGAGCACAUCAAGCAAGUCAUCAAAGACCACAAGCUUGACUUCCGAACAGGCGACGUCUUGUUUAUUCGCAGUGGUUUCACGGCUGCAUAUAACAAAUUGAAUGACCAACAGCGCAAAGAAUUGGCGCUUCGGUCAUCGCCCGAUUUCAACGGCGUGGAGGCCUCGGAAGGCAUGGUGCGUUGGCUAUGGGAGCACCAGUUCGCGGCCGUUGCGGGUGAUGCCCCGAGCUUUGAGCGCGCGCCGAUUCGGGGCGCUCAUGCAGAUCCGAACUUCAACUUGCACGAGUGGGUGUUGGCGGGCUGGGGGACGCCGAUUGGGGAGAUGUUUGAUUUGGAAAAGUUAUCGGAGCAUUGCAAGGCCACGGGAAGAUAUAGCUUCUUCCUGUCUAAUUCUCUCUUUCUUUCAUUCUCUACGCAAACAAACUCUUCUACCACCCAAACCGAUAUACCUUCUCCCCGUCCCGAUUGGGAACAUCUCAUCUCCACAAUGCCUAUCGAAAUCCCUCAAGCAAAUUCCCUUCAGGACCUCUUCAGCCUGAAGGGCAAGGUCAUCGUCAUCACCGGUGCCUCAGGCCCUAGAGGCAUUGGUCUCGAAGCUGCUCGUGGCUGUGCCGAAAUGGGCGGCAACGUCGCACUCACAUACUUCUCCCGCCGUGAAGGCGCAGAAGCCAACGUCAAAGCCAUCCAAGAGGAAUAUGGCGUCCAAGCCAAAGCAUACAAAUGCGACACCUCCAAGUGGGACGAAGUGCAAGAUCUCGUCAACAAUGUCAUCGCGGAUUUCGGCAAAAUCGACAGCUUCAUCGCCAACGCUGGCCGCACCGCUGAUGCAGGUGUCCUCGAUGGCUCUGUCGAAGACUGGCAAAAUGUUAUCCAGGCAGACCUCAACUCUGUCUUCUACUGCGCCAAGGCUGUGGGCCACCAUUUCAAGGAACGUGGUCGUGGAAGCUUCGUGAUCACAGCGUCUAUGUCGGGACAUAUUGUCAAUUAUCCCCAAGAGCAGACUUCAUACAAUACCGCUAAGGCGGGUUGUAUUCACAUGGCCCGCUCAUUGGCAAAUGAGUGGAGGGACUUUGCUCGUGUCAACAGUAUCUCGCCUGGAUACGUCGAAACUGGCCUCGGUGACUUUGUCCCCCAGGACGUCCAGCAGCUCUGGCAGGGCAUGAUUCCCAUGGGACGUCAAGCCGAUCCCAAAGAGUUGAAGGCUGCUUAUGUCUACUUUGUCAGUGAUGCCAGUUCUUACACCACCGGCUCUGAUCUGCGUAUCGAUGGCGGCUACAUUUGUCGUUAA